AUGAUCGUUGGCGCCGUUCUCUCCCUCCUCGCCCUUGCCUCAUCCGCUACCGCUGUCGCCGUCACUGGCUGCUCCUGUAACGGUUACUCGUACACCUUCACCACCCAGGCUGGCGUCAAGACUACCAAUAGCGUUCUGUAUCGUAAGGACGGCUUCCAAGACAUUGCGUCCACCAAUCCUGAUGGUUGGUGCUUUGCCGGCGGUGUCAUGACUGCGCGUGACCAGGCGCGUAUUACAUCUGCAAUCGAGUCUGGAAUCGGUACCGACUACGUCAACUCGACAUGGGCUCUGUACGAGUGCCAACAGCUUUCGUAUACCACCACUGUCGCCUGUGCCAACGCCAUCAUCUCCAUCUUCACCAAGGCCCUCAUCGGUGCCGACGGCAGCAAGACCACAUAUAUCACUCAGGGGUGUAACUACCCAACCUCCAACUUCAAUGUUCUGGACUGCUCUUGUGGCUUUGCGUGCAACGACGGUUACGUUCUUUGUGGCACCAACAACUGUAUUGACCCGACUACCACCGCGUGCCAGUCUGGUUCUCCCGUCCCGCUCAGGAAGCGUCGUGGCCUCGAGUGCUCGUUUGGCCAGACCAAGUGCAACAACAAGUGGGGUAGCGGCUGGGAGUGUCUCGACACCAUGAGCAAUCUCGAGGCCUGCGGUGGCUGCCCCGGUGACGUUGACAGCCUCGACUGCUCGGCCAUUCCCGGUGUCUCGUCCGUCCAGUGCGUUUCCGGCCAGUGUGUCAUCGCCAAUUGUGACAACUAUCACCACCUCGUUGGCGACACAUGUAUCCCCAAGACUGCAUCUCAACAGGCCUUUGGCCUGUGGUAG